AGACCAUCUCCAACGGUUCAUCAAAGUUGACAUCAAAUUUUAAAUUUGAUGAAAAAGUUACUGUUUGGUGCUCUAACGGUUGCACCAAAUCGAUGUCAAAAUGAGAUUUCACCAAACAAUUCAUCAAACUGAGGACAGAAAGUAGAUUUCAUCAAAACACUGUUUGUGACUAUUGGAUGCAUAAACUGGUCAACCAGCCGGUUGACCAACCGGUCGCCCGGUGUACCAUAUCAGUGAGUGGUUGGUUUGAACCCUCAGAUGGUUGGUUUGAACUGGGUUGGCUUGAACUGUGAUCGUUGGGGGCAACCGGUCGACCGGUUUGGGAAUUUCGGCUACAGUGCAAUAACAGGUUGAUCCUGGUUGGUUUAACUUGUUUGAGUUGGUUUAUUUGGACUAAAAAAUAUUUUGUGGAUUAUGAAUAAUUUUGCAGGGUGAUAUAAAUUUAAAUUCCCUACAUAGUUGACAUACAUAUUUGAGAAUUAGCCGUUAUAAUAAUUUGUCGUUGGAUGGACAGAGUAUUUUGAAAAUCUACUCUUAUGUACUGUUGGAUGGACAGAGUAUUUUGAAAAUCUACUCUUAUUUACUGUUGGAUGGACAGAGUAUUUUGAAAAUUUACCGUUGAUGAUGCGCUCUAUAAAAUAGAUGUGAUUUCUAUAUCUUAAAUUGACAGAGUAUUUCAUUUUGAGAAUAGCAUUUAUAUGUUGUGAAUUUUUUUUCUUUUGUGUCAUUACAUAUUUGUUUCCCUUGAAAUUUUAAUUAAUAUUAUCUGAUUCUGAGUUUGAGCUUUAUAUCAUUACAAUAUUUUUAGUAAGUGUAUUGUCUUUUUUCCAAACUAUGGAAGAUUUCAAAAUGUUUAAAGAAUCACAAAUGUUUGAGCACAACACUCAUAUUAAUUUAAUGUCGGAAUCUUCACGAGAGCAGAACACGCAGAACAGUGAUAAUCAUUUCAUUUCAGAAACUUCUCGUGUUUCUCGUGGUAAAGCGUUCACAAUUAUAGAAGAUGAAACUUUAUGUAGAUCUUGGUUAGUAGUCUUUCAAGAUCCCAUCACUGGUAAUAGUCAGACUAUAGCUAUAUUUUGGGAACGAGUACUUGUUUAUUUUAAUUCACAAUUCAGCAGUGAAUCAAAUCGAAAUCGUAUUUCUUUGACUCACCGUUGGUCUGCUAUGCAAAAGGCAAUUAAUAAAUUCUGUGAUUUUCUUGAACAAAUUCAACUGAGGCAACAAAGUGGAACAACUGAGGCAAAUAUGGUCACUGAAGCGAAGCGGAUGUCUCAUGCAAUACAGAAAAAACACUUCACUUUUGAUACAUGUUGGGAGAUUUUGCGCCAAAGUUGUAAAUGGGAUGAAUUUCGAUCAAAAAGAAGCAUGCAACCUAUUGAUCCAUGUUCACAUUCACCAACUGAAUAUGAGGCUUCUCAAUCCAACCAGAAUAAUGCGGUGCACGAACAACCAUCUAAUACAUCAACACGACCAAUUGGUACUAAGGCAGCGAAAUAGAAGUUGAAGAAUCAAACAAUGCACGAUAGUAGAUUUAAUGAAAUGGCUGCCAACCAAUCCAAAAUUGUUGAAGUGUUAUCAACUAUCUCCGCUAGAACUAUUGAGCGAGAUGAACAAAAGGCAAUAGACCGUGAGCAGAAGGCUGCAGAGCGUCG